AUGGCGGCGCCAAACCACGUCCACCACCAGCCGGCGGCCGGCGCGUCGUCGUCGGCUUCUCCAAAGGCUGCCGGCUGCCACGAUCCAAGUGUAUCGCCAGAUCGUGAUGAUCCAACUCGACUCCUAGUCGAAAUGCUAGCCGGCACGGCCCUUGGGACGCCGAUGGCCGCGCCGAAUUACAUCGAUCAUCAACCCCAGGCGGCGGCGGGGGUGGCGGCGGCCGGGGCGUCCGUUUCUGCCACGGCCGGCCACUGUCCGGGAGUAGCGCCCGAUGGCGACGACGACCUUACUCUAACCCUAACCAAAGCAUUUGCCACUACAACUCUCGAGACGGCCGCCGCCGUGGCGAAUAAGGCGGCGCCCGGCGUGUCCGCGUCGCCUCUUGUCCGGGCGAUCCCAGACACGCCGGCGGCGGCGGCGAAGCCAGCGGGCAGCCGCGCCGAGCGCCGGGCGCGCCGGAGCACGAGGUUCCGCCUCAUCCGGGUGCCCACGGACUACCUGCGCGCCGGGCAGGAGAGCCGCGACCGGAGCCGCAGGCGGGAGCUUGUCCGGCGAUGCGUCGGCAGGCUCUUUGCUGUCCACGAGGACCGCGCGAGCGAGCGAGGCAUCUCGGCGAUGAUGGCCCGCCUGACGACGACGCUGGAGUCGGCGUCGGGGCGUGGAGAUGACGCUGCCGCUGUCUCGGCUGCGGCCCCGUCGUCGGAGCAUGCUGGGCUAGCGGAGCUGCUCGAGAAGAUGGCGCUUUCGAAGCACUAG